UCGCGUGUAAUAUGACCAAUCCAUCUAAUGGCGGUGCAUCCAAAGCAGCCGGUGGAAAGAAGAAAUCUUUGCAGUCCAAAAAUGUUCCCGAUUCCCGUUCGUCAGCCCCGGGCGGCCGUCGUGGCCCGUCAACGCCAGCAGCAUCAUCCACGUCCUCUGCAAGUGGCGGCUUUCAGUCGUUCUUCCGCUGGUUCCGUCGCGAUGAGUCACGGGCGCUCGCUCGUAGCACCAGCGGGUCCGAAGUCACACCGGAACUGCUUGACAGGCGCGUCGCUGUAAGCCAAGUGAGCCGCGAGGCGUCGGUAACGAGCAAUGGGACGCACAGUUCUUCGCCCAGCCCCGGGCCAGUGAUCGACUGUAACAACCUUUCGAAAAGCUCCAGCUGCGACAGUGUUCUCAGUACCGCCACGAACGGAUUCGCGUUUGUGCCACCGAACUGCUACGAAGCGGUGGUGGACGGUGCUCGCGCCAAGGAGCCACGCACGAUCCAACCGGGACCGUACACAGACAGCUACAAGCGACGCUGCUGGCAGCGCGACUGUGCCCGAGAGCUCGAUCGAAAGUACGAGCUGACCCUGCGCAAAAAGUAUCGCCUCUUUGGCAGUUUGCGCGGGAGUCCCGCCAACGAUCAGCGGGACGCCACGCUUACGCCCACCAAUCAGCGGACGGUUUACGCGGACCUUAGUCUGCCGACCGGGGGCAGCAAGGUCGGGGCACCGACGGCCGGUGAACGGAGGGACGCACCGGACGAGCUGCAAGCCGCUGAUCCCAACUUCCGGCGACACCACCGGCGUACGGUCAGUGACAGCUCGAAGGAUCGCCGGGCGGGUGCGUACGUGCACGUGAAGGGAAAGAGGAAAGCACCCCCACCGCCACCACUGACUCUGGACUCCUGCGGUAGCGGUACGCUGUCCCCCGGAUCGACACUGUCGCGUAAAAAACGUCCCGCACCGGCACCACCGUUGCUCAACGAAGCAUCGUCGAGCACGAGCCUGCUGGAGGAUCGGGAGAUCAAGGCGAUCAUCGAAGGACGACCGCUUUCAGCAGCCCGGGCACCGCUUGGCGGCCCGGAGCCCAUCAUCAUGCCGUUCGUACGACCACUUUCGCCACUGCCCAACAUCUCCGAGGAGCGUGCGCCACCCGGCGGACUGACGGAGGAGCAGAAGCAACAGUUGAUCGACAAUAUCCGGCGGGUUCAGGCGGUGCCGCCGGCGCCACGCCGGGAUGCGUGCGACGAUGUGAUGAAGAUGGAGGAACAGUUCAGCAGCCGCACGAACGGGGCCCGUUCGCCGAUCCAUGACUACCUUUACGCGGAAGCGAUCGCCAGCUCCCGGGGGCCGGCGUCGGCGCCAACGACGGCUGCCGCACCCACUUCACCGAUCUCACCGAGGCCGUGGUACAAGCGUCCCAUCUCGGGCAUGCGGCAGCAGGAAAGUUCGCUGCCCUUCAAGCGUGACAUCAUUCUGAAAACGAUCGACAAGCGGAAACACUCGAAGGAGUGUGGGGACGACCUGCCGGAGGUUGGCUACUGCCGGAACUCGCUGGGGCUCGCCACCGGGCUCGAAGGGCCGACCGGCGGCGGCGGAGGAGGUUCGCCUUCGUCUUCGCUGGCCGGAGGAAAGUUUAAUCUGUUUGCUCGAAUCACCGAAAAGUCGGACGACACGAAGCGACGGGAGCGGGACGCGGAAAAGCGCCGAUCCGCCAUCGGCAUUCCGAGCAUCAGCGAGCUGGACCGGGAAGCGGCCGAGAUUAUACACAACGAAAGCUACCGGAGUGGAGCCGGGGCCACCGAGAAGCCGCAGUCGACCAAGGAACUGAUAUCCAAGUUUGAGGCGACGAUCGUGCCAACCGUGGGCAAGGUAACGGUCAGCAGUACGUUCGUGGCGCGGCGGGACUACUUUGGUGUGGUGGAACCACAGAAGGUAGUGGCGACGGUGGACACAACGGUUGCCUCAGUUCCGGUGAGCAACACGGCGAAGGACACGCAGAAAUCUUCGCCUUUACCGACCGGGGCGCCCCAAGCUGGUGGCGCGAAGAACGAGCUCUCGAAAUCGGGAAGCGACAAGAACCUGCUGGGGCUGUGGAUGUGCCCGUACUGUACACUGGAGAACCCGAACUGGCGCAUCAUUUGUGAGGCCUGCGAGCGGAUUAAACCGUACGACAGUAAGCUAAGCAUCCUCGAAGAACCACCGCUACACCCGAACCAUCCCCUGAAGCGUCCGAUUCCCGAUGCGCACCGCACGAAGCCCCAGCUUAGCGGUGAGGCCACGACGGGUGGGGACGCAUGGGACAAGAAGACGGAGCAGGUGCUGAAGUACUUUAUGCCAAAACCAUCGCCAGGGCCGGCGACGAACGGUACGCUGCUGGUCGGUGUGGCCGCCGGUGGAGAUGAUCGAGCUGCGACCAUUGUGCCACCGCCACAUAGAAAGACGUCCUUUGGCCAAACGAAACUGCUGGCCUCGCCAAAGAUGGGCGUCAAGAGUUUGAUGAGCCGUGUCGGUGGACAGGGCGACACGGCGACGGCGGGCACAUCGAUCCGUAGUUUUAACGUCAUCCCCGCAGGCUAUCAGAAUGGCGCUGGCAGCAGCAACAAGUUCGACGAUCAGAAGCUUAAGGAGAGUAAACCGAUGGAACGGGACGCGGGAAGCAUCGCCCCGCUGGCUUCACCCGAACCAACGGAGGACGGUGCAGUGACCGUGAGCGAUCAACGGAUUAACAUCGAAGAGAUACGCAGUGCCCGAAUAGCGCGGUUUGAAGUGGCAGCGGACACGGAACGUGUCAGCACUGGCAAAUCUGAGCUCAGCAAACCGAAGGAGCAGCAAGACCAGGAAGAUCUCGAAAAGGAAAAAGAACGUCUACGGGAGAUGAUCCGCGCGAUGAACGCGAAGGCUCUGGCGGAGAAGUAUCCCGUGGUUCAAAAGCCACCGGUAGCGGCCAACAGUAGCGCCGGUGGCAGCACCACCACCAACAGCAGCACCAGCACCAGCACCAUUAAACGAGACUCUCCUUUGGUGCAGCGCAAGAAUGGACUGACCUCCGGAAUACCGAUCAGCACGAAGAGUCUGAGCCCACUGCCGCGGCGUAAGGGCGAAAGUCCUCUAUUGGCACGCAAAUCACCGGCCACUCCGGGCCCUAUCGAGGCCCCGGGGACGAAGAAGGAACCCAUGGCGGCAAGGGAACUGGCACCGGGGUUGUCUCCCAACACCGGGGCAAUCCGGAAAACAUCAUUCCCGAGACCGGCCCUGGAGCCAGUGGAGCACGCUGAGGGUAAGAUCAUGAACCACGCCCAGGACCAGCGAGCAGGUCCUGCUCCGUUUGGGACUAUUCCGGAAACGGUGGCCGAACUUAGUCAACCGUCGACCGCUGGUGGACCUUCGUUGGUUCUUACGAACGACAUUCAGGGAAUUCACUACGAGCCGAUGGAUGAGCAGCAGUACACACGGGCCACGCACCAGCGAGUGGGCGAGAGUGCGAUUCCGCUGUCCCCGCGGUUACAGGAUCGCCACCGGAGGUCACUGCUCGAGAAGCAACAGCAGCACGACGAACGCGUCCGACAGAUAUCGGAUCAGUUGCGAUCGCAACAGGGUGUCGAACGGUUCCGCAGUACCCUGGCUCUCCAGUACCCGGGCAGUAACAUGGGCCGUACGGGCACGCUGGCACUGAACAAGCUGCUCCGCAACCUAGAGCAGGCCAUUAGUGACGGUGCCCACGAUCGAGCGGCCGAGCUGGCGAUGGAUUUGGCAAAGAUGAAGGUCUCACUUUCCGUCACUCGCCAGAGUCCACAGGGCGUAGCGGCGGAACGGCCAGGCUCAAACGGUUCCAACGGCAGUCUGACUGAUAUUAGUCUGAACGUCUACAUCGAUGACAAGAUGUCUCACAAGGGACCGCUGCGCAUGAAAAUGGCCGCCUGCGGUACCUUGGGGCAGCUGAAGCAGAAGCUAUGCAACGACUACCAGCUGCCAGUGGCGGUGCAGCGUUGGCGCUGGGACGACCGUCCGCUUGAGGAGGAUACCAAAACUCUGUUUGAUUACGGGAUUCCGAUGAACGAUCAGACGACUCUCCACGUCUACCUGGUAAAACCGCCACCGGUGCCAAGCGGUGGACAAGCGAUCGCCGAUCGACAAACAUUGCCGCAGCAAACUUUCAGCAGAGCCGAAGCGAAGUUACUGUCCGUGUCUUCCGAGUCAUCCGACGGAGAGCAUUCCGAUACGCAGAAUGAUGAUAUGGUUCUGGGUGCCGUCGCGUUACCGGUGGCUGCUCCCAGGGGUAAACCGAAACCAGAACCGAUUCUAGAGGAACCAGCCCGUCAAGAAGGAUGGGUGUGCCCGUUGUGUACACUGAUCAACGAACCCCAUCGGCCCGGUUGCGCCGCCUGUUCCGGGGCCCGACCAUCCGCAAGCAGAGUGCAACCCUCCAUCACAGUCACGCCGGAAGAUUUGAAACGUUUUCUGGACGAACAACCACCACUGGGCCCCGGUCGACUCCAAACGACGACGACGACGACGGUUCAGCUGCGAAAUCCUCCGCCGGAAACGCGCAACGAUCUUAAUCGAAUCUCAGCGAACCGUAAGUCGUCGGAGAUUUUCAACAUUAUGCUGGACGAAAGUAAAGCGGUGUCCGCGCAAGGUGCGCUACCUAGCCCCCCACCAGUUCCGAAGCCUCGCAGCACCAGCACGCCCGGUGAUCUCGUGCGCCCGGUGCACAUCCAGGUGCCGGAGCAGAGCAGAAUCGUAAUGACGGCUUUCACGUCGAACCGCAGCCCGAACAUUACGCGCAGCCAGUACCGUGGGGUGGACAACUUUAAUCCAAACUCGAGCGGACUCAGUAAACCGGAACGACCGAUCAUCACCACGGCCAGUCCGAUCGUGCGGGCGGUGCUACUGAAGCAGAGUCACACGGCCACGGCCUUGGGAGACCAGCGGACGUCCGCCGUGGUGCGUUUCGGCCGCAAUGGGCUCGCACUGCCAGAGGACGGUACGGAAGUGACGCCCAACCACUACACGGAACUGGUGAACCUCGACAAUGCCGAUCUGAUUGCGAAUAUUGAACCGUUCGAGUGUCCGAUCUGCUUCGGUGCGUUCCAGCCGUACGAGGGCAUCGUGCUGCGGGAUUGUCUGCAUUCGUUCUGCAAGCAGUGCCUGAUCAGCACCAUCCAGUACGGCGAGGAUGCGGAAAUACGCUGCCCGUACAGUGAUACCGUUUACAGCUGUGAGAGUGUCAUACAGCAACGGGAAAUCAAAGCGCUGGUCAGCAAGGAACUGUACGAGGCGCAUCUGGCCAAAUCGAUCCAGCAGGCGGAAAGCACGAUCGACAACACGUUUCACUGCCGAACGCCCAACUGUCGCGGUUGGUGCAUCUUCGAAGACAACGUAAACCAGUUCAAGUGUCCAGUUUGCACGAUCGUCAACUGUUUAACGUGUCGGGUCAUACACGAUGGACUCGAUUGCAAGCAGUACCAGGACCGAAUGAACAGUGACUGUGAUACUAACUUAGAAGCAAGACGCACCAAAGCGAUGCUGCAGGAGAUGGUCGAGAAGGGAGAUGCACUGAACUGUCCAACCUGUCAGGUGAUAGUGAUGAAGAAAUGGGGUUGCGACUGGCUCAAGUGCACCAUGUGCAAAACGGAGAUUUGCUGGGUAACGCGUGGACCACGCUGGGGACUGGCCGGCAAGGGCGACACUAGUGGCGGUUGCCGUUGCGGCGUAAAUGGAAUCAAGUGCCAUCCAAAGUGUAAUUACUGCCAUUGAUGAUCGAAAGAACGAGACGAAGACAGUGUUGGUUGCGUUCGACGAGAUCCACACAUUCACUUCGAGCCUGCCAAAACAUACCUAGGACCUAAUCUACGGCAUCGCCUUCCAGAGAUAUUGAUUGUGUACUGUUCGUUGUGUAACGGAAGUAGGAAGUUUA